CAUGUCUUUAAAUGAUCCCGUUCUCGUCGACCACUCCAGUCUGGAUUUCCUGGACAGCAUCCUCAUCUCAACCCACUCACACAGACAUUGAGCAUCUACGCACGCUUCCUAGGUUUGAAACCAUUAUUACAAGAAAAUUCACCUUUUCAAAAUGAAGUUCUCCAGCCUCCUUCUCAUUGCCCCCAUUGCUGCCCUUGCAGCCCCCACUCUCUCCGGCAGAGAUGUAGCGCUUUCUCAGGACGAGGCCAAGGCCUACAAGCGCAGCCAGGACGAUGCGAAGGCUUACCGCGACCUCUCCCAGGAUAACGCAAAGGCCUACCGUGAUCUCUCUGCAGAUGACGCCAAGGCUUACAAGCGCGGUCAAGAUGAUGCCAAGGCCUACAAGCGCAGCCAGGACGACGCGAAGGCCUACCGCGACCUCUCUGCCGAUGACGCAAAGGCCUACAAGCGCAGCCAGGACGACGCGAAGGCCUACCGCGACCUCUCUGCCGAUGACGCAAAGGCUUACAAGCGCAGCCAAGAUGACGCCAAGGCCUACAAGCGCAGCCAAGAUGACGCCAAGGCCUACAAGCGCAGCCAGGACGAUGCCAAGGCUUACCGCGACCUUUCUCAGGACAACGCGAAGGCCUACCGCGACCUCUCUCAGGACAACGCCAAGGCCUACCGCGACCUUUCCCAAGACAAUAAAGGGCUAGCUUUACUUGGUACAGCCCGCGGAGGAGCGAACGCAUUACAUCAAAUAGCCUUAUAGGUCUUGGGGGCGGUAUUUCAGACCUAUCAAACUAGGCGUGUCGUGGAGGAAGUCGCGUAUAGCAGACAUGAAAAGCUGUAGAUAGAGGGUGCACAUCAUCUCUGUCAAUAAAUGUCUGAAGUCUAACCAAGCCCUAUCAUAUCUUCGGUUUCCGCAAGGGGAGACCAGAAGAGUCGCUCGCAAGGAUCGAAGCUAUACUAAUGAGCGUAGAUAAACAGAUGUCAGAGGUCAGCUGGUCCGAGUGAUGAAGUCAACGAUAGGGCCACUUAACAGAAGGUAGGUAUGGUGUUGUAACAGCAUUCAAAUCUAACCCCUUAACUAUCGUGAGCUGGA